CAACGUGACGGAUGCGAAGAAACAGCUCUGCACCUCUUGAGUUGUCCCACUCUUCAUCCACUGCGAGUUCAAUUUGGGAUCGUUGAUGUACCCCUGAUGAAACUAUGUUUUUCUAAACAGUUAGCAAUAUUCCUUAUUGCGGUGGAGCGGAGCUGCGCCAUGCCACAGUCUUCACAACCAAGAAACCCUGCGCAGCCUACCUCCCCCUCUGUAAGGCCUCCCCACCUCUCUAAAAUCAGUGACGAGCUCGAAUAUGGAAACCCUGACAGAAGAGUAAGCUCAAGACGUCUGUCGCCGACCCAACAAGCAACAAAAUAA